AUGGUUGCCAGUAAUAUUUAUCAAAAUUCGCGUAACUAAUUUACUUAUUUACUAUAAGUACAUUUUUUUUUCUAAAAAUUUUAUAUUUUCUUAUAGAUUAUAGAGUAUAUUACUCUUAAACAGUAAAAGAGACACUUAGUACAUGAGAGAAUAGGGUAAAGUUUCUUUUUGAGUGGAUAUCAAUUACAUAACGACAUCAGUUCAUUAGUACUUAGUAAUAAUAUGUUAGUUUUAAUUCUAAGUAGCCGAGACAAAAAUAUUACAAAAUUAAUGUUUAUUCGAUUUUUAGACAAUAAUUUAAUACAUUUUUAAUUACUUACAUAGUGUUUAAGGAAAUCGGUGUCAAAGUCUUAUUUUAUAGUUGGGCAUAAAUCGAACAUGGCUUUCUAUGCGUUCCAAUUCUAGAAUAUUGUAAUUGUGAAUAUGAAUUUGUUUUGUUGUUUUGUAACAUUUGGAAUUGGAUUUUCGGUUUACUUAAAUCAAGUAGUUGACUCGUUUGAUCAAGUCAGUCAAGGGCCAUUAUUAGAAUAUGUUUUAAGCGCAAAAGAACAAAAUGCCGGAGACGUUUGUUCCGCAGCGAAAUUUUUUCUUACGUGCAAUUCUUCUUAUGAGUACAGAACGAUAAACGGAAACUGUACUAACUUAGAACACCCAACGUGGGGAAUGGCGAACACAGCAACUACCCGUCUGUUGCCCGCACUCUACAAGGACGGUAUUAUGGAAAUUAGAACUCAGAAAAGUGGAAGAAACUUGGAUACUCCCAGAGUGUUAUCUGACAUAUUUUUCACGGACCUUAACUUCGAGGACGACCUGUACACCAUGUCUGUGAUGCAAUGGGGCCAAUUGAUAGCACAUGACGUAACGCUUUCUCCGACAAAAAAUGGACCUAGCUGUUGUGGUUUUAAUCAACCGAACCAACCUUCCACCAAAAGUCUUAAUAGUUGUCAAGCGAUUUCUGUUCCAGCCGACGAUAAAUUUUACUCUCGUUUCAACGUAACGUGUAUGGAUUUGCAGCGAAUCUUCAAUACUCUAGAUAUAAAAUGCAAUAUCACUCCAGCACUUCCAAUAAACCUAAAUACUGCUUUUAUUGAUGCGUCAUUUGUGUAUGGAUCUUCUGACAGAAUAAGUCAUAAGCUAAGACAAUUUAAAAAUGGUCUAUUAAAAAGUAAAAAAGUCCACGGCCGUGAAUUCCCGCUCAAUGUACUCCGACCUGAGUUAGUGUGUAACGAAGGACCGUCGACAAUUCUUUGCAUCCAAGCAGGCGAUGCAAGAGCAAAUCUGUUUCCUCUAAUUGCAGUAAUGCAGAUAAUAUUUGUUAGAAUCCACAAUUGGAUUGUUUUUGAGUUGAAAAAAAUGAAUAACCAUUGGGAUGACGAAACGUUGUACCAAGAAGGUCGUCGAAUAGUUUGUGCAAUUGUGCAGCAUAUUACAUAUAAACAUUAUUUACCAAUUAUCAUAGGAGAAACUUAUAUGAACGCAGUACAGUUAACAGUUAAUGAUGAAGGUUAUAACAAUGUUUACGAUCCAAUGGUAAAUCCUCAGAUACUGACCGAAUUUUCUGGGUGUGCGUUUAGAUCAUUCCACAGUAUGUUAGUGAACGAUUUCGAGUUAGUUGACAGUGAACGUAGAGUUGUCGGCACGUGGAAACUCAAUGACAAUUACAAUAAAGUUAGCAUGGUUGCCGAAGGAAAACGAUUUGAUGAACUUAUCACCGCAAUGGCACAUCAGCGUAUGGGAAAAAUGGAUAGGUUUUUUCCAGUGGCCAUCACGGGCUUGUUAUUUCAAAGUGACGGGCUUGGUCAAGACUUAGAAUCGGCGGACAUCGGAAGAGGUAGAGACAUUGGUUUGAAUACAUAUGGCCAAUAUUUAAAAAUGGCCGGUAGAAAGUAUCCGGAACACUGGGAAGAUUUAGAUGGUUUUAUGGAACAUGAUAUGAUCGAGCUCUUGAAAACAAAAUACGAAUCCAUCGAGGAAGUGGAACCUUUUGUAGGUGGGAUAUUAGAAAACAGCGUCGAAGGAUCGAUUCUUGGGCCUACAUUUGUGACGGUUAUCGCCGAACAGUUUAGUCGGCUACAACGAGGAGAUAGAUUUUACUACGAAAAUGGAGAUUUAGUUCAUCCUUUUACACCAGAACAAUUGCAAGAGAUAAGAAAAACUUCUUUGUCUAUGUUGUUUUGCAUGGCUGGAGAUGAUAUUAAAACAAUGCAGCCGGAUGCCUUCAGAAAAGUAUCAAAACGGAAUCCGCUAAAAAAUUGCAAUCAUAUAAUUGGAGACUUUUCUUUUAAUCCAUGGAAACAUCAGAAUUCUUGGAGCUUAAAAAACGUCCAAGAUAAAUUUAUAAAUUUUUUCACUUCGAUGCCAUUUUUAAAUAAGUUUUAAACGAAUAAUUAUAAUAUAUUUAAUUAUUUAAA